CCUCCAACCUUCAUUUUUGCAAACCCUGCUGUAAUCUUAUUAGUUAGUUUAGAUGUGUGAAUGAGGCACAAGGGGAAUGUUUCCGAGAGUUGUGCAGUCCCAGAAAAAGCAAAAGCCUGUGAGACUCAGCAGAGGCCAGAGGAAAACUUCAGUAGCCACUCAGGCCUUAUAACACGUAACAGAAUCAACUUGGAAGGGAGACGCUACACAUGCCAUGAGUGUGGGAAAAGCUUCAAUCGGAGCUCACACCUAAUCACACAUUGUAGAAUCCACACUGGAGAGACGCCCUACACAUGUUCUGAGUGUGGGAAAAGCUUCAAUCAGAGCUCUGCCAUGAGGACACAUAGGAGAAUCCACACGGGUGAGAAACCAUAUGGAUGCUCUGAGUGUGAGAAAAGCUUCAGACAUAGCUCAGGCCUCAUCUCACAUCAGAGAAUCCACACUGGAGAGACUCCCUACAUAUGUUCUGAGUGCGGGAAAAGCUUCAGUCACAGCUCUGCCCUGAUCACACAUCAGAGGAUCCACACGGGAGAGAUGCCCUACACAUGCUCUGAAUGCCGGAAAAGCUUCAAUCAGAGAUCUGCCCUGAUCGCACAUCAGAGGAUCCACACGGGAGAAACACCCUACACGUGCCCUGAGUGCGGGAAAAGCUUCAAUCGGAGCUCUACGCUUACCACACAUCAGAGAAUCCACACGGGUGAGAAACCUUAUAAAUGCUCUGAGUGCGGGAAACGCUUCAUUGAUAAUUCAACCCUCAUCACACAUCAGCGAAUCCACACAGGGGAGACGCCCUACACGUGCUCUGAGUGCGGGAAAUGCUUCAAUCAGCGCUCAAACUUUAUCACGCAUCAGAGAAUCCACACGGGGGAGAUGCCCUACACGUGCUCCGAGUGCGGGAAAAGCUUUAGUGGGCAGUCAGCCCUGAGCACACACAGGAGAAUCCACACCGGGGAGACGCCCUACACAUGCUCUGAGUGCGGGAAACGCUUCAGUCGGCGCUCACACCUUAUCAGACAUCAGAGAAUCCACACCGGGGAGACGCCCUACACAUGCGCUGAGUGCGGGAAAAGCUUCAAUCAGAGCUCAAACCUUAUUGCACGCCAGAAAAUCCACACGGGAGAGAAACCUCAUACAUGCUCUGAGUGCGGGAAAUGCUUCAGUGAUAGCUCAAGCCUUUCUAGACAUCAGAAAGUCCACGAGAGAGAUCUGUAAUAAAUGCCUCGACUAGGGCUGACUGAAGAUAUUUUUUUUUUAAAUCACAUUUGCUAAUUCUCACAUAGUGAUCUGUGCACCAUAUUCACCUUGGUCUUUCAGCUCCACCAGAUGAGUUGCCUGCUUCUGCCUUUUGCAGCUCACCCUUCUUUGGGGUCAGUCCUGUGAUCUUUUCUAUCAACUCCUUUCCUUUUGAGUCAUAGGAGCAUGUGUCCCUCCAGCCAGGAAUGUUCAUCAGCUCCAGGUGGAGGAGAGAGGUUUGAUCCCAACAAGCUACACUGAGGCAAAAACUACCUGUGCCUGACCUCCGCUAGGACUGUACGUGGCGUUGGCUGCUCAAGUUAGUGAUAUUGGUGUAAAAAGACAAUUAUAGUUGUAGAGCAGAUGCAGCCCAGGUGAAGUUGUUGGCGUUAGCUUUCCCCUUGAUCUGACCUAAACUCCAUCAUUUUUCCUAGUCUGAACAAACCCUGAGCAUCACGGUUAUACUGUUCCCCCAUUUCAAAGCAAUUCUUAGUCAUCAAGUUCCCCCUUUGGAAACCAAUUCUUUCAUUCCCAGUUACUCUGUUGUUGCUUUAGGUUGUGCUGAAGAGCAGAUAUUUUUGCUACCAUUUUCCUCAGUUAAAAUAUACUGAACUAUAACAAAGAGCAGGAACAGGGCAGGGAUAGGGAAAAAUGUCAUGUCACCCUCUGUAACAACAGAGGAAGAUAGGGUAAGUCAGAGGGAUUCCCUUAUUCCCCAUCACCGUCCCAAUCCCCCUGAUGUUCAAUUGGUUAGGUCAAAAUUUUUUCUAAAGGGCUGGGAAGAGGAUUCCCUAGUAAAUGACUUAGAACUAAGCAAGAUACCCAUGCAUUGGGCUCCCAAAGCAGUUGUGGCCCAGGCCCUACAGGAGGUCGCUCCUGAAGAUCUCCCCUUCCUAAUCAGGUGCAUGUAGCCUAUUGUUUGGGAACUGCAAUCCCUAUCUAGGUAGGGAUGGGGAAAUGGAAGUGACAUUUCUCUUCAGCUCCCCCCGGGAGAUGCUGCAAAUGUGUAGAAAAUGAAAUCCCUGUUGAAUGUGAUAUAGCUGCAGAAAGAGACCUAUUUUUAAUAGAGACCUGACAUUUGGUGUUUUACAGGGAUUCUAAGCCGCAGCUGAAUUUAGUCCCUAAUUUAAAUUUGUGGCACCAGAUUAAAGACAUAAAAGAUCAUAGUUGGGGGAGUCGUACCUCACUAUCGCUACUGAUCUGUUGUGUGGUUGGUGACGAAUUCUACGCCAGAGAAGUGUCAAAUUACUCCAAGUAAUGUCAAAGGUUUGACAAGAACUCAGGUAGAAAUUGCAGGUAGUGGUGGUUGAUUUUUACCCCAGAGGUGGGAGCUAUGGUGACCUGUGGCCCAGGUCAACUAUUUUUAGAAUCUUCUCCCUAGUUAAGUGGCAUCGGUCACACUCCUGAAGGCGCCAGGAUUAAAUUGGGCACAACUGUCUUUUACCAUUUGGAUCCAAAGUUUCAUGAAGCACAGAGAGAAACAGCUGAUUCCUUCAGAGCCAUUCCAUGCCUAUGGGUCCCAAUCUGGCUGCCUUGUUGGACAAGAAGCACUUCUAUGCUGGGCAAAUGAUGGUAGCCAAUAAUGGAAUGUGUCAGAUUCCAAGUUCAGACUGCAGGAUACUUGAAUGCUGAGUCCAGAGUCUGUGGUUUAGUCCAGGCCUGCACAACUCGUAAAGUGGCGAGAGCAAUAUUACUCCAAA